GCCUUGAAAGAGUUGGCGGUUUUUUCCGCCCGCUAUGGAAAGGCGGCGUUACGAUGACCAGUUAGCUGUUGGCUCUGGGGGAGUAUCGCGUACGUUUUUGUCAUAUGUGGAUGAAUUGUUGUUUUACAAGGUGAACAAUGGUCGUUUGUUUUGGAGUGAACUGCACUGAAGUUUUCUGAGAACUUAACUUUUGUUCUGACUCGAACGAUGUUGUUCGCGGUCGGGCGUGUCAGCUGAUGCUAGCCUAGCUAGGCUAAUGCUAGCGCAAGCUGGUGGUAUCGACACCGAGCAGCCGUCUGCAACUUUAAAAACAACCAUUUUAUGAAAUACGUGUUUUACAACUAACCGUGUAAUGUCUGAGCUCCAGAAAGCGAACGCCAAGCAUUUUUGGUGGGCCCUGCUGUGUCUGGGCUUUGAACCCGAAGCCGCGGUGUCUUCGUCCGGCGGCGGCAGAGCCAUGGCUCGGCACACCACCUUCGGCGUAAACAUGUUUGACAAGCCAAACAAGAAUGCUUUCAAUGUUGUCACCUACUUCUUAUUGAAGAAACUUAAUCCGACUCGUGCACGUGAGGUGUUCAGACAUUGCUAUCCAGUUUUGGAUCGCAAAGCAGAUGCGGAAUUUCGGAAAGUUACUUUGGCUUGGCUUCAGGAAAUAGCAGUUGGGUAUGGUAGUGAUUUUCUCAAAGUGAUGCCUUCCUUGCUCCUGUCACCGGGAGGGCCAAAAUUCAUCAACCUAAUGCUUCACUUGGCCAAGCAUGUCAUGGUGGAGGAGAUGAAGUCAUUCUCUACAGAUGGUUCGUGGGUCCCAGAAGCAGCAGCAGCCAAAGCUCACUCAGUGGAGAUGGCGCUGAAAAGGUUCCAGGUGGUGACGAACAGGUUUCUGCAGGCCGCUAUAGAGCAGGAUCGUGUCCUCCAUGAAUACCAGCACAGAGUGCAGACUCUUGUGAAACGUAUACGAGAUUUGCGAACUGAAGAAGCCAAAUAUGACAACUUACUCAAGCAUCAUGAAACAGAUGUACAACAGGAACAAAAUUCUGUAAUGCAGAAGGUUCAAAAGGUGAGAUCUCUUUGGGCAGAUGUUGACAAAAUGCUGUCAGCCUUGGAGGAGGAGAGGAGGGUUGUGGACUGUGUGAUCAAAGGAAAUGUAGAUCAGUAUGUCCUGGAUGGGACGGAUUACAGUAUUAAAAUCCCCCGGGUGUUGCUGGAGAGAAUGGAGUCAGAUAUGGGAAAUGUGUAUGAAGCUGGUCAAAUCGAUGCCCUGCGCCUCCUCGAGCUUCUCCGUGACUCGCUACACAUCCUGCAGCAGGAACGGCACCUGGUGUUGAAGGGAGGCCUUGCACCAGAGUUCGACUUGCGCCACUUGGAGGAGCAGACCCAGCUUCUGAAUCGCAGCCUGGUGGCCCUCAGCCUAAUAGGGAGGGAAAUAACCAAGGAACACAUUCCUGAAGUAAAGGGAUCAAUUCGUGGAAUGGAGACCACCUGGGAUAAGAAGUGGGCUGACUGUCUAAAGCAAAUGCCUCUAACUUCGUUCCUUAACAAUGACCCUGCUUUGGAAUUCCUGUCCCCAAUGGCUCCUUUGUCCUUUGAACCAGCAACUGAGGCCAAUUCUAGCAUCUUUUCGCAAUAUCCAGCCAAGCUGCCUGCUGAACUUUCUGAAGAUCCUUUUGACAGGCAUCCAGAUUCUCUGGAGAAAGAAGAUGAAAAAGAUGAAGACCCUGAGAGUUUUAGCUGUCCUCCAGUGCAGUUGGUCAAGACUUUAACUACAGAGCCAUUGAGGCCUUUGACCCCUUGCAGUGCUGCUGUGAGAUCCAUGCAUCAGAAAGCUCCUUUACCAAACCCUCUGCAGGCCAGCAUUCUGAGGUGUACUGAUACAAGAGACACCUGCCCAAAGAUGACUGCCACCAAGAAAAAGGCUACAAUACUGGAUCGGGAAUGCGAUAACCUGGCAGACCAGUUUGCUGAAGCAGUCACCACCAACAGCAGCUGCAGGCAGCAGGAACUGGAAGAGCUGCUCCAAACCCUCCCUGACCCCUUCUCUGCCAGGAAGCAGUUGCCGCGAACACCAGAGAGCCUCAUCUCAGAGGUGAAGAGAUCCUGGAGGCGAGCAGUGGAGGAAGGUGAAGCAGAGAAGGCACGUCUUUCUAUGCCAUUUUCAGAGGCUGACGAGAACACCCCCAUUUCAGCUGAAUCCAUGCUGGCUGAGGAGGGAGCACCACCUAAGCUGCCUGAAGCUUCAGCCGUGCAUGUGGACACCCUUCCACUCCAGCAUGGCUUUGACUCCCUUUAUUCCACCGUGUCCUGGCAUUCUGGCAACAUGGAUGCCUCAUACAGCCAGAGUGAGAGUGAUGUCAUCCAGUUUGGGAUUGACCAAGAAACCAUGCCUGAGUCCUUGGAUAGCAACAGCUUCUUGAGCUGCAGCGAAGGGCUACCAGAGGAAGAGGAUUUCUCCCUUCCAAAGCUCCUGCCCAGCAGCCUAGAGCCACAGCCUGUCAAUACCAAGCUUCGAGCAAUCCAGGAAGCUUCCAACAGCUCAUCCUUCCUUGGCUGCAGGGCCAAGUGCCCAGGGUCACCACAGCCCCAGAGUUGCAAAGAGGGCAGUCCAGGAGCUGAGGGUUGGAAGGCUGGUGAUAAAGUGUUCUCUUUGGACCUAGAUGCCCUGGAGAGUCCCUCUCAUUACAGCACAGAGCGCUUUAGCUUCCCAAAGCUGGUCACAUUUUCUCCCAUGGAAGAAUUUUUAGGACCUUGAGAAGAGUGAAAGGGGGGGGCCCAGUGUGGACAAAUGUGUUCAUUAACAGC